AUGUACGAGCCCCAACAUCACUCCUACCCACAACGACAACCCGCAACGAUGGUCCGGGAGAAACGCUACCAGGAGGACGCCGCCCGCCGCCAGGCCGCCGCGCAGCAGGCCGCCCCAAAGAAGACCACCAUUGCCCGCCGCAUGCGCAAACCCAGGCACAGACGCGAACUCAAGUCUACGACCAGCAAGGACGUCACCUCUGAGACUGAGUCCCAUGUCAACUCCACCACCACAGAGUCCCAGCCCGCGGCUGAGCCCAAAGACAACCAUACCGACACAGAGUCUGACUCCGACUCCGACUCUGAGCCCAAGCCUGAGCCUCUCACCGCCGAAGAGCUGAAAGAGCGCGAAGCCCAAUGGCUCCAGUUCUACGACUAUUGGAUCGGCCAGCGCUGGGGCUAUCUCAUCAAUGACGCCAAAAAUAAGGGCAUCAUAGCCAAAGACCUUAACACCAACGUCACGACCUCCUUCUGGCCCUACAUGCAGCAGUGUGACAUUCGGGACAACCGCAUCGCACUAAUGCACUACCUCAAAGAGUUCUACGACGCCGUCAGAGAGAACUACGAAGAGCCCUAUCUCUACAUCCACGCCGUUGCUCUGUGGGCCUACCCUGAGUGGAGCAAGGAAGACGUCCGUGACCCCAACAGCAUCUGGGUAUUGCGUGCGAACCUUCGGGACCCGGGCUUAGGGCGUAACAAGAAUCGCGGUGAAAAGAGGCUGGAGGAUGCCUGCUGGUGGGAUUUUGGCUGGUAUAAGCCCCCCGUCCCGCAGGCUUGGCGCGAUGUCGAGAUGAAGCGUAUCGCGCAGUUGGCGGCUGAGCAGAACAAGGGUGACUAG